AUGUGCAAACUAUUGGUCGCAGAAUAUUCUCUAUUAUAUAAUAUUCUGUUAAUACUACUCAUUAUAUUCACGAAUAUUCACGCAAUUCAUGGCAUUAAACAUAAAAAAGCAAAAAACGAUGAGCAGUGUGAGGCUAGCCUUACGGGCCGGUAUGUCAGCCAAAACGCCUACCACUUGGGUGAGGGUCCCUUUUGGGACGACCGAACACAGAGCCUGUUCCACGUCGAUGUGUUCUACGGGGAUGUCCUGCAGUUGAAUGUGAGCACCGGUAGGUCGCAGCGAUUCAAUGUUGGCAACUAUGUAUCAAUCGUGAUACCGGUGCUCAACGCCCCGAACAAACUAGUGGUCAGUAAACGUAAUUACCUCAUCGAAGUGGACUGGGAGGCUAAGAGCUACCGGCGCUUAACCACCAAUGAUAUAGGGGUCGAAAAGUUUAACGAUGGUAAGGUGGAUGCUCUAGGUCGCUUAUGGAUAAACAGCCUGGUCAGUCUGGAUUACUACACUAAUGAUGCGUCGGUCAAAGAUGCCGGUGCCCUGUAUAGGCUCGACGGGUUUGAGUUGACCAAAAUGGACGGGUAUUAUACCUUACCUAAUGGUAUGGCAUGGAAUGGUAAUAAUACAAAGUUCUAUGUGGCCGACACCGUGGAAAGGGUGAUCUAUGUCUACGAUUAUGAUUUAGAUGCCGGUGCUAUUGAUAACAGGGAAAUAUUUUUCAAUUUUAAUACGUACCCUGGUAUAAACCCAUGGGAAGUGCCCGAUGGCAUGGCUAUGGACAGCCAGGAUAAUCUAUGGAUUACCUCGCUAUUUGGCGCACGUAUAUUCCACGUCGAUACGGACACCGGUCACGUGCUAAGAUGGAUAGAUACCCUGGUCAACCAGACCACAUCGGUAGCAUUUGGUGGUCCCCAUUAUAACCAGUUGUUUGUGACUAAUGGGAACCGGGAUCUCAUCACAUAUAAGGCCAAACAACUACAGCCCACUAUCGGUGAAGUGUUGGGAUUUACGGCAGAGUUUAUAUGCGGUCGACCCGCUUAUAAAGUACGGCUACCUUACUAUAACCAGGGUGGACAUAAUAAUGUGGACGAGCACGAUGAUAAUGAUGAUUAUGACAAACAUUAUUCAUACGACUUGCGUUACCCUGAUAAAUGUCACGACAACCUGGAGGGCCGGCACGUCAGCCAUACGGCCUACCACUUGGGUGAGGGUUCCUUUUGGGAUGACCUAACACAGACAUUAUUCCACGUGGACAUGUUUUACGGCGAUGUUAUCCAGCUCAAUGUAAGCACCGGUGAGUCGCAAAUAUUGAACGUGGGUAAUUUCGCAUCUAUUGUGAUACCGGUGCUCUACGCGCCCAACAAACUGGUGGUCAGUAGGCGUAACCACCUAAUCGAGGUGGACUGGGAGUUCAAAAGCUACCGGCGCUUAACUAGUAAUGAUAUCGGGGUUGAAAAGUUUAACGAUGGUAAGGUAGAUGCGCUUGGUAGGUUGUGGAUCGGUAGCCUGGUCAGUUUGGAUUAUUAUACGGAUGACGUGCCCGUGCCAGAUGCUGGUGCUCUGUAUAGGUUAGAUGGUGAUAGGCUAACUAAAAUGGACGACCAUUUUUGGUUGCCUAAUGGACAAAUAUUAUGCUCGAUUGAUACCUUGGACAAUGCAACCACCUCGGUAGCAUUUGGGGGUCCGGACUAUACCGAGUUGUUUGUGACAAAUGGGAACCGGUAUCUCAACUCAUACUUUGAUAAACAACUGCAGCCAACUGUAGGCGAAGUUUUGGCGUUUAAGGCACCGGAUAUAAGGGGUCGACCCGCUAAUAGAGUACGGCUGCCAUAUUAUGACCAGGAUCAGUUGGAAAGUGAACAUGUUGAAUUUAAUAAGCGUAAACAUGGAUAA